AUGGCGGCGGUGGCUCAGUGCGUGCGGGCCGCACUGCGCCCGCGGUACCCGCUGCUCAGCUUCUCCCUGAGGACUUCUCCACGACUUCUUUGUGUAGCAACACAACAGAAAAAUAGUGGCCAGAACUUGGAAGAGGACCAGAGUCAGAGACAAAAUGAGCAGAGGGCUGAACCCAGCUCUGCUGAAAAAACAUUAGCUGAGGAAAAGGCCAAACUGGAGGAACAACUAAAAGAAGUUACUGACAAGUACAAGAGAGCCUUGGCAGAUGCAGAAAAUGUGAGACAAAGAAGCCAGAAGUUGGUGGAAGAGGCAAAGUUAUAUGGGAUUCAGAGCUUCUGUAAGGACUUACUAGAAGUUGCAGACAUCUUGGAGAAAGCAACAGAAAGUGUCCCAAAAGAAGAGAUCAAGGAUGAAAAUCCUCACUUGAAGAGUUUAUAUGAAGGUCUUGUUAUGACAGAAUUACAGAUUCAGAAAGUGUUUAAAAAACAUGGCCUGCUGAGACUGGAUCCUGUGGGAGCCAAGUUCAAUCCCUAUGAACACGAGGCAUUGUUCCAUACUCCCAUGGAAGGGAAGGAGCCUGGCACUAUCGCGUUGGUGUCCAAGAUUGGCUAUAAGCUGCACGGCCGUACGCUGCGGCCCGCCUUGGUGGGUGUUGUGAAAGACGCGUAGCUGCUUGGUCUGAGAAGUGAAAAUGCCAUACAACUAUUAAACAGCUGGGUGGUUUUUAUAUUCUGCCAUGCUUUCCUCCUUUCC